AUGGGGCUGCAGGAUAAAAUAGCUCAAAGUGUUACAAAGAAGACGACUGGUGACUCCAUUGUGUUGCAACCAGGAAAUAAACCUGAGAAACUCAAUUCAGUCGUCUGGAAGCAUGGAGAGCAUAGAGCAGCGGAGUGGUAUGAAGGAGAUGAUGACGUAUCCUACUACAGGAUAUUUAAUGGAAGUUCGGUGCUAGACAAGCUCACCUGCUCCCUCACCAUUAAUAACUUGGACAAAGAUUUUAUUGGGACCUACACCGCUGAGAUUAAUGGCCUGAAUCCUACGAAAAGUGAGACAUUGGAAGUAUUUGAUCCUGUUUCAUCUGUAACUAUUUCCCCGGACCCUGCAUGUACUGAUGACAAAUCAGACAACUGCACCCUGACCUGUGAAGGAAAAGGUGAUGGCCCCUUUACAUACUCAUGGACCCCGGGGGGGUCGAGUGCCAGUCAGGUGAUGGUGCAGAAGGGAAAGGAAAUCACUGAAUACACAUGUGUUGUCCGCAAUCCUGUGAGCUCAAAGGAGGAAAAGUAUACUGUACAAGCGAAAGGUUCCUCAGGCUCAACCAACGGUGCUGCUAUUGGCGUUCCUAUUGCUCUGGUGUUAUUAGCUAUAGCUAUAGCUAUAGGUGUUUACUUGUGGUACAGGAAAAAACGUGGACUUGCCCUGUUUAACCGUGGAGAAGGUACCAACGAAGGAGAGGGUGGUGCUGGUGGUGCUGGUGGUGCUGGUGGUGCACAAGUCGUUGUUUACACGGAGAAAAAGAAUGAACAUGUUGGAAAAAAUCCUGACGACAACAACAUGCCAAAUGCUGCUGAAGAGGGCGUCAAGGGAAAAAGCACCCAGAAUGGUGAACCUACCGCCAAGAUGGAAGAAGCACGGGAAGGGGACAACGCACAUGAACCUGAGCAGAUACUCCACACUGCUGAUGCAGUUGCAGAUGCUAACAGCAAAACAGGAGCUAGUAAAGAUGAAAACAAUCCUGAACCUGAACCUGAACCUGAACCUGAACCUGAACCUGAACCUGAACCGACACCCGAGGCUGAUUUAGAUGCUAGCAACAGAACAGGACCUAGGGAAGAUGACAAGACUACUGAUACAGAAGCUACUGACAACACAGCAGCAGGUGAUUCUGGCAUUGCCACUGGUGCAGAUGAUAACAUCAAUAGAACAGGAGAUAGAGAGGAUAAUACGACUCCUGACACUGAACAGACACCCAUGACUGAUGACAAAAAUAAUGCUGCCAAUAACUUACCAGGACCUAACAAAGAUGGUGAAGAUAACGUGGAUGUGCCGCUAUUGAAAAACCGAGAGGCUGACAAUUCUUAGGAGCUCACCCCCUGCAGUGCUGUGGACUGUGCCAGAGGAUAUGAAUGAAUAACAAGCAUUCAAGCAUAACCUUUGGAUUUUACUCAUUCUACAUAGUGCCCGCAUUAUCAAGAGUCAUCAUUUAAUACAGGGGAUUCCUGUAUUUAAGCAUAACCUUUGGAUUUUACUCAUUUUACAUAGUGCCCGCAUUAUCAAGAGUCAUCAUUUAAUACAGGGGAUUCCCGCAUUCAAGUUAUCUGCAGCACUAAGAUGGACUACAUUGUAUAAUAUUUUUUGGCAUUGAAGGUGGACGUCGUUUUUUUUUUGCAGUUUGUGUCUGUGUGCGUCUGUGCAUGCGGUAUGUGUGUGUGCAAAAUGACAUUGGAAAAGGACAUUGCCUCAAGUAUUUUUUUUGUCCUCUGUAUAGCCAAAGAAGGAUAAUCAUCUGUACCACUCUGUCAGUGCCCACUAACCUAGAUGAGACAAAAUGUAAAGGGCAACUCUGCUUGCUAAACAGACAGUCAACUUUAAUGGAAACACCACACAUAAUCAGCUAGACCGUUGCUGGGGUGUA